GGUAUUAGUGAUGAUAUAGUAAAAGCCCGAUCCAUGAGUCGGGUGCUAACAGUCCCUAAUGGACCCAAUGUUGAAUCGUAUACCGGAUUUAUAACAGUCAACGACCGAUACAAUAGUAAUAUGUUUUUCUGGUUUAUACCAUGUUUUAAAAAUCCCGAAUCGGCACCGGUAUUAGUCUAUCUAGAGGGUGGUCCCGGUUCGUCAUCAAUAGUAUCGAUGUUUGGUUGGGGCAUAUUUAAAGUAGACUAUAAAUUAAAUGUAACAUUGAACCCGUGGUCAUGGAGUCAUCAAUUAUUUUCUAUUAUAUAUGUGGAUAAUCCCGUCGGAACAGGAUUUAGUUAUACCAAUGAUAAUAAUAAUACAGAUAAUGGCUAUUCCAGAGACCAGUUAACUAUUUCCGAGAAUUUAUAUGAAUUUCUCAGACAAUUUUUCCUGGUUUUUCAUGAUUACCGUAAACGGGAUUUAUAUUUAGGUGGGCUAUCGUAUGCUGGAAAAUAUAUACCCGUAUUUGGCCACUACUUAAUACAAAUGUCAAACAUAUCUAAUCUGAAUUUCAAGGGUAUACUCGUUGGCAAUGGUUUUAUUGAUCCAAUCAAUCAGUUAGCCUAUGAUAAGACACUAUUGAAUUUGGGUUUAAUCGAUGAAAAUCAAGCCAUUGAAGUCCAGACAAAACAAAAUCAAAUCAAACAAUUGAUUAAAUCUAUGGAUCAUUUGAAAGCAUUAGAUUUAUUACAACACUUAAACAGACAAAAUGGCAAACAAGGAGGUGGUGUAGCAGUCUAUGUAAAAUGUGAGAAAUUGUCAUCAAAUCUGGUCCUAUAUGACACAGAUCUUGAGUUUUUGGUGGUCAACGUCAAGCCACUGACUUUGCAUCAGAAACUGUUAUUAGUGGAGAUUUAA